GGGAAAUUCAGGCAAUAGAAACGCGACACUUGUCAAGAUCACGUCGGCCGGCAACCGCUUGCAAUCUCCACGGAAAGGAAGCACAACGUUACUGCUGGAAGCAAGGAGCUCGAUAAAUAUCCCUCCCUCUCGCUAGCUCUCUCUCUCUCUCUCUCUCUCUCUCUCUCUCGCACUCCGUGCUUCGCUUCUCGCUCCCCACCGUCUUUCCGCCGAUGGAUCGCCUUUCUCACUUCCUCCUCUGCCUCCUGCUCCUUGUCGCGCCGCUAUCAGCUGCGGCGGCGUCUGCCGAGAUUCCCGAAGAGUCCGACGAUCCUCUGAUCCGCCAAGUCGUGUCAGGCGACGACGACGACGACGAGAUUCUUCUCAACCUCGACCACCACUUCUCCGCCUUCAAGGCCAAGUUCGGCAAAACCUACGCUUCCCUGGAGGAGCACGACUACCGAUUUGGCGUCUUUAAAGCCAACCUCCGCCGAGCUAGGCGCCACCAGCGCCUCGACCCCUCCGCCGUCCACGGCGUCACUCAGUUCUCCGAUUUGACACCCGCAGAGUUCCGGCGGAACUAUCUCGGCCUUAAGCCUCUCCGGCUUCCCUCCGACGCUCACACGGCUCCCAUCCUUCCCACUAACGAUCUUCCCACCGAGUUUGACUGGCGUGAUCACGGCGCCGUUACCGCCGUUAAAAAUCAGGGUUCUUGUGGAUCGUGCUGGUCUUUCAGUACAACUGGAGCAUUGGAAGGAGCUCAUUUUCUUGCGACCGGGGAGCUUGUGAGCCUGAGUGAGCAGCAGCUGGUGGAUUGUGACCAUGAGUGUGAUCCGGAAGAACGGGGCGCCUGUGACUCGGGAUGUGGUGGUGGGUUAAUGACCACUGCCUUUGAGUACACACUCAAGGCCGGUGGACUUGAGCGAGAGGAGGACUAUCCUUAUACAGGGACUGAUCGUGGUACCUGCGAAUUUGACAAGACCAAGAUUGCUGCAUCUGUAUCAAAUUUCAGUGUAGUUUCCCUUGAUGAGGACCAAAUUGCAGCAAAUUUGGUUAAGAAUGGUCCUCUUGCAGUGGGCAUCAAUGCAGUUUUCAUGCAGACAUACAUUGGUGGGGUUUCAUGCCCAUACAUUUGCUCAAGGCAUUUGGACCAUGGGGUGCUUCUGGUGGGGUAUGGUUCCUCUGGUUAUGCUCCUAUCCGCUUUAAGGAAAAGCCUUUCUGGAUCAUAAAGAACUCAUGGGGAGAAAACUGGGGGGAGAACGGAUAUUAUAAAAUCUGCAGAGGUCGAAAUGUAUGUGGAGUGGACUCCAUGGUCUCAAUGGUGGCUGCCAUCCAUACUACCACUCCAUAGAUUGUUAACCAGAUUUGGGGAGGUGUCAUCGUAUCAUGUUUAAGGUUUAUCGAUGUGCUUCUACUGUACAUAUAGUGGAAUUUGUAUUAUUACAAUCUAUCUACCCUAGGUUCAUUAUUAUGGUUGUGCUUAGGCAGGAAGAACAUGUCUUAAUCACAGGUGUUAGUAACAUGGCACUAUUAUUAUUAUUAUUAGUUUUAUUACCA